UCUGGAUUAACUUCCUUUUUCUUUCCUUUUUUAUACCAACGUCUUUGUUUGUUGUGAUACCCAAUCUCAUUUGAUACCCCCAGAAUCUUUCAAAAUGGCCGAGGAACAGAAGAACAUCGAGGUCCCCCAGGAGGCCAAGCCUGAGACCACUGGCAUCUCUGCCCCUGCCGUCGAGGCUCCCGCUGAGACCAAGCCUGUCGAGGAGACUCCCGUUGUCGCCGCCGAGACCGCUCCCGCUACCGAGGAGAAGCCUGCUGAGGAGGCCAAGCCCGUCGACGAGGCUGCUAAGACCGAGGAGGACAAGAAGGAGGAAGAGGCCAAGCCUGUUGAGGAGGGCCACCUGAACCACAAGGCUCAGGGCCUGAGCUUCCCCAAGAACCUUAUCCCCACCAAGGAGUUCUUCUUCUUCGGCACUGACGCCGUCGAGCCCAAGACUCUCUCCCACUACCUUAAGAGCGAGAAGUCCGUCGAGACUGCUCACUCUAACAUCGCCUGGGCCUCCGAGACUGGCAAGGGUCUUCUCUUCGUUGGUGACAAGAAGAACCCCUCAAGCGUCAUUAGUCUGGCUGAUGCCACUGAGCCUGAGGUCGACGGCUCUAACAAGUUCCAUCUUACCUCCAAGGGUAACAAGCACACCUUUAAGGCUUCCAACACUGCUGAGCGCGAUAACUGGGUUGCCCAGCUGAAGCUCAAGAUUGCUGAGGCCAAGGAGCUUGCCACCACUGUCACCGAGUCUGAGACCUACAAGGCCACUCUUGAGAGCUUCAAGCCUGCCAAGAAGGAGGAGAAGGUCGCUGAGGCCCCCAAGGAGGAGACCGCUGCCGCUGUCCCUGCUACCGAGGAGGCUGCUCCCGCUACUGAGGAGACCGCCAAGGUUGAGGAGCCCACUGAGGCUAAGGUCGAGGAGCCCAAGCGCCGAUCUGCUAGCCGCAAGCGCACAUCUUUCUUCGGCUUCGGCAAGAAGGAGGAAGCCAAGAAGGAAGAGGUCAAGAAGGAGGCUGAGACCAAGAACGCUGACGAGGUCGCUGUCGAGACCCCUGCUGCUGAGACCCCCGCUGUUGACGAGGUUCCCAAGGUCGAGGAGCCCGCCAAGCCCGUCGAGGAGGUCCCCGUCGUUGCCCCUGUUGUCGUCGAGGAGUCUGCUAAGCCCGCUGAGGAGACACCUGUUGAGGCUGCCCCUGUCGCUGAUGACAAGGCCCUUGAGAGCCCCAAGGAGAAGCCCACUGCCAUCAAGCGCAACAGCUUCUUCGGCAACGUCUUCUCUAAGAAGGAGAAGAAGACCCCCGAGCUCAAGCCUACUGAGCCUGAGGCCACCAAGGACGAUGCUGAGGCCGAGACCACUGCUCCCGUGAUCCCUCCUGUUGAGGCUACCACCCCUCUUGCCGUCGACGUCUCUAACCCUGCCACCGUCCCUACUGAGACCACCGAGGCUGCUACCGCUACCUCUCCCGCCCCUGAGGCCAAGAAGGACCUCAAGGAGAAGCGCAAGUCAUCUCUGCCUUUCGCUUUCGGCAAGCGUGAUAAGUCCCCUGCCCCCGUUGAGGGUGAGAAGAAGGAGUCUCCUUUCUCCAAGCUCCGCAACACUAUCCGUGGCAAGUCCCCUAAGCCUGCUGAGAAGCGCGAGGAGAACAAGGAGGAGACUGUCCAGGAGGAGCCCACCGAGGUCAAGGCUGAGGAAUCCAAGACCGAGGAGACCCCCAAGGUUGAGGAGCCCACUGAGGCUGAAAAGCCCAAGGACGCCGCCACUGCUCCCGUUGUCACCGCCGCCGCCUAGAGGGUUUGGCGAUGAACGUUACGACUCAUACAAUGAAACAAAAACCCCACACCACCAUACAACACGCGCAUUGAAAGGGUUUGGGAAUGGAAGGAUGGAUCUGCAUUUCUUCACAAGAUACCGAGAUACCCUGUCGAGACUGCUUCACUGAUACCAAUUUCCAUAGUUAAGUUACUGAAUAUGAAAGGAGGAGAGGAGUAUGUUUGAGAAAAGUGAUAUCUGGCAACUGAUGUCACAAAAACACAAAAAAACUGUUAUCAUGGGCUGGCCGACCUUGAUGAGUUGGCUUGUCCGCGCCUUUGCUUCUUGCUGUUUUCUUGUCUGAUACCCGGGAUGGAGAUAAUUAAUACCUAAUAAUACAACUGCUGCGUGUUGAAUAAACCCUUUG